AUGAAAAAGCCGGAGAGGAAGUGGCCAGCUUGGCCAGAAUACACAUACAAUGCAGCGGCUGAUGCUGAGGACCCCGAGUUCUUAGUGAUUAAGAAAGCCAUUAUCGAAGAAUACGGCCCCGACGCUCUUCGAGCGAGCUGGCUCAAGGUGUGCAAAGAGCUGCAGAUUAUCACCGACGAGAUCGUGCAGAAAGGAGACAAGAUCAUCCCGGUAUUCGAGACCUCUCAGGUGCUGCAUGGCUUUACGGAGGAUCAGGAGGCCGAGAUAAAGCGGGUUGGUGCAUUCAUCUGCCGAGACACUAUUCCCGAAGACGAGGCAAGGUUACUCUACAGCGACCUGAAGCGAUAUGUCGCCGACAACAAAGACUCCAUUAAGGCAUGGCCGCCGGAGAGCCCGUCGAUGCUCAUCCUGUAUAACUCCCCAACGCAGACGGCACUGCGCGCACACCCUAACCAGCUGAAACUGCAGCGCAAGUUGAACGAGCUUUGGCAUGACUCGACUGGCGAGACCUCCUCGGAUCCUCUGGUAUACCUGGACGGUAUCCGUGAUCGAGGUCCAGGCGUCCCAUUCCUAGGGUUGGGACCGCACAUCGACGCUGGCAGCCUCUGCCGCUGGGCCGAUCCAACCUACCGGACAGUAUAUGCCAACAUCUUUUCUGGAAACCCCGAGCAACACGAUCCAUUCAAUCUCGGUAUACGUAAGAACGCAAACCAAAAGAUGUACAGUGGUUCGGCGCACUCGAAGGUCCUGCGCACAUUCCAGGGUUGGACGGCUCUCACUCCGACCGCGCCUCGGGAAGGAACCAUCAUGCUGUACCCGAACAUCAAGACGGUUAUCGCAUACCUCUUACUGCGGCCGUUCUUUUUGCCGCCCGCAGAUCCAGCAGCUGACAUUAUGGAUGCGGAAAGUUGGACGCUUGACGAGUCAACCGGUUGGUUCCCGGGAACCACGAAGCCCGAUAGCCAGCGCCUGAGCCGAACAUCGCACCCGCAUCUCAGGCUGGAGGAAUGCCUCGUCUAUGCGCCGGACAUCCAGCCGGGAGAUACCGUAUGGUGGCAUUCCGAUCUCUGUCACGCCGUAGACACCGAGCACCUAGGCGAGAACAACGCGUCCGUCGCAUUUAUUGCCUCGUGUCCCACCACGCCGGUGAACCAGGAAUACGUCAAGGAGCAGUUGGCCGACCUUCUCGAGGGUCGUCCCGGAGCGGACUUUGCGCAGCGGAAUGAGAUUGAUGAGCGGAAGCUGAAGGGGUACACUGGCCCGGAGAAUGUCAGCACGGAGGCUCGGAAGGCUUUCGGAUUCCCUCUGCUGGAAGGGUGA